GGCGGCGCGCGGAGGAGGAAGCGCGCCGGUCGCGGCCCGGGACCUGCCCAGACGCGCUAGUCGGGAUCGCCGAGCGCAGCGUCCCCCUUUUCCAGGCGUGCGGGGCCGGGGCGCAGUCCCGGCCGCGGCCGUCGUGCGCCGGCCGGCAUUUCCCCUCCAGCUCGCCCCGCGCGGCCGCCCGGCCUCCGGGCCCGCGCCGCCAGCCGCCGACCCAGCUCCGCCGCGCCCCCCUCCACGCCCCCCGCGAGCCGGGCGGGCCGCGCGCUCAUGUCCUGAGCUCGCCGCCCGCGGGCUCUGCGCCCCCGGCCGGAGGUUGCCCUGGCAAGUUGGGGCGAGGCGCGCCGGGUAUGCGCCAUCACCAUGUCCCGCCUGAGCUCGUGGCUCGGGGAGGUCCAGUGGCUGGUUUUGGUGUCGCUCUUCGUCGUGGCCCUGGGCACGGUGGGCCUGUACCUGGCACAGUGGGCGCUGGCCAGGGCGCGACCCCGGUCCCCGCGGCGGGCUGCCGAGCCUGGAGAGGGCCCGCGUCCCGAGUCCGACGCGCUGCUCGCCUGGAUCCUGACGCUGAACAGCUGGAGGAGCCAGUGGCAGGCCGCCUGGGUGACCGCCCUGAAUGAUGAGGCCAAACGGAAAGGGGGCCCACUGCUCCUGUCCUUCGAGGAGGACCCGCUCCAGCAGCCCCUGGAGCUCGCAGUGCAGGGCGUCUCCAGCCUGGCCAGGUCCGCCCAGGAGAAGGUCGUGUCUUGUCACGUGGUGGGCGAGGCCAUUCAGUUCCUGGUCCGCGCGGGGUCCCCGUCCCCCGAAGACGCGGGGCCCCCGCUGUACUGUGCGCGGCUCUCUCCGUUUCAUGUGCAGCUGGAGCUCCGCAUGACAGAGAAGAGGGAGGACAUCCCGAUCCGGUGGUCCUACGUCAGCACUCCGGACGCGGCCGUUACGGUGCAGCCCAGGGCAGUGGCGGAGGACCGGGAGACAGAGACCAAGGCCGUGUCUGAAACUCUCAAGGACAUCUUGAAGCACCUGGUUGGGGCUGCGUCUCCGUCGGUGCUUCUGAGCACGAAGCCCGUGGACGCAAGGGACGUUCAGAAUCUACAGCGCGUUUCAUCCUCCCCUCAGGAGUCCUGUCCGCCCAAGCCUCCAAGGGCUCACGAGCUCAGAUUACUGGUGAAGAACAUCCGGGCUUCGCUGCUAAGUGCUCCUGGGGCUUCAGGCAACAUGAACCCACAGUGUGUAGUUCGGCUGAACGAGCCCGUUCAGAAGUUCAGCGCCCUCGCGACAAACCCCGCCGACCUCAGCUGGGAAGAAGAAUUCAUCUUUGAGCUGAACGCCAAGUCGAAGGAGUUGCACCUGCAGGUGUCGGCGGCUGAGCGAGCCUCGGAAGCCAUAUUGGCGAUGACGACCAUUCCUUUGGAUUUAUUCAAGAAGCAGCCAUCUGGGCCCCAGAGCUUCACGCUGACCGGCGGCUCCUGUGGCGGCUCGGUGCUGGGUUCGGUCACCGCGGAGUUUUCUUACCUAGAACCCGGUGAAGUGAAACCCAAGACCCCGCCACCUACUCCUGCCACAAAGGUCGAAAAAGACCGCAUGGUGAUGCCCUGUGGGACCGUGGUCACCACCGUCACCGCCGUGAAGACCAAGCCUCGCUUUGACACGGGGCGAGCGUCCCCGCUGAGCUGCGAGUCUCCCCUGAAGACGCCUGUCCAGGUGAAGGUCAUUGAGAAGGACAUCUCUGUUCAAGCCAUCUCCUGCCACGGGGCUCCUGUCAGUAAGACCUUCUCUUCUUCGGACACAGAGCUGCUGGUGCUGAACGGCUCGGACCCCGUGGCUGAAGUGGCCAUCCGCCAGCUCAGCGAGUCCUCGAAGCUGAAGGUCAAGUCCCCGAGGAAGAAGAGCACCAUCAUCAUAUCAGGGAUCUCCAAGACCUCACUCUCUCAGGACAAUGCCGCCGCCCUGAUGCUGGACUACUCGGCCUCCAUGGACAGCGCCUGCCAGGAGGACACCCCGGCCCUCGUGGGGGCGGCCGCUGCCUCCGCCCCGCUGCAGGAAGAGGCCUCCGCCCCAGCCCCGCUGGCCCCAGAGCCCCAGGAGGGCGAGCUAGACUCCUGGGACUUGGACAAGGAGUCCCAGACCUCGGCGUGGGGCAGCCAGGCCCCGCUGGACCCCGACGGGGACGAGCUGUCGGAGAGCUCCCUGAGUGUCUCCGAGCCGGGCACUGCCAAGAAGCAUAAAGGAGGGAUUUUAAGGAAAGGCGCAAAGCUGUUCUUCCGCCGGCGACAGCAACAGAAAGACCCCGGCAUGAGCCAGUCGCACAAUGACCUCGUGUUCCUGCAGCAGCCAGAGGGGGCCCGGAGGAAGGGGACGACACUCUCCAGGAUCCUGAACAAGAAGCUGCUCUCCAGACACAGAAGCAAGAGUGCCAUGAACGGGCCUCCGGCGGACCCCGCGGCCAGCCCCCUGUCUCACCAGGACGCGGGGAGAUGCGGGGCCCCCUAACCACCCGCCAGGACAUCUGCACACUGUCAGAUGGCCGCCUGGUCUGGCUGGGGUAAAGGGGAACGGAACCCCGAGUUCCGGCCAGGAGGCUUCCCUCAGAGACACCUGACAAAGUCCGAUUUGCCCCCAGAUGCCCAGGGAGACCCAAAGCUCUGCUCCCACCCAAGAGCGGAAGUUAAACGCGAGAAGAUUUACGUUAGGAACUAAAGAACGUCCUGUGAUGGACGGCGAUGGGGCAGGUGCGGAGGACUUGGUCUUACCCCGCUGCUGCGCUCGGACACCUUGGGUCCGCACCCGGACCACAUCCCAAAGAGGAGGUGUCCCCCUGUGCUGUCACUGGGAAUAGAAUGGAUGAGUCACCUGUCCUGGAGGGUGGCUCGGCAUCACGGUGCGGCUGGCCCUGAGUACGGAGAGGUGGGACAGAGGCAGCAUUUGGGGUCCGCAGGGAAAUUGCGGUGGCGAUGAGGACACUGUGACCAAGGAAGAGGACAGCUGCCUUUGGGCUUAGCCGUAGAGCCUGAGAC